AUGGCCUCCGCCGGCGGCAAGCCCAACGCCAACACCGGCGGCGACACCAAGGGGAGGAAGCGCAAGUUCCUGCCCCACGGCAAGCCGGUGCGGAAGGGCGCGUACCCGCUGCGCCCCGGCGUGCAGGGCUUCUUCAUCACCUGCGACGGCGGCCGCGAGCACCAGGCCACCCGUGAGGCGAUCUCCCUCCUGGACACCUUUUACGAGGACCUGGUUGACGGGAAAGUAUUUGAUGAGAAGCCCAAGAGCAUCCCUGACAAGCCGCUGAACAAAAAAAUAAAGUUUGAGGACUCUGAUUCCUCUGAUGAUGAGGAUGAAGGUCAUUCAGUGGAGGAGGCUGACAAUGGAAAUGAUGUAGAAAAAGGUGAAGCAAAGUCAUCUGAGCAGCAACAAGAGGUACCUGGUGCCUUGGAAGUUGUCAGCAAGGAGGAUGAAGAACAAGUGGAAACUGCCGACGGAUCAGCGCCUAAGAAACAACGUAUAGAAGAUCCUUUGGUUUCUGAACAGACAGAACCAAAAGUGCCCACUGAUGAACCAACAGAGACUACUGAUGAUAAGCCAAAGGAGUCCACUGAUAAACCAGCAGAGACUACUGAUGAUAAGCCAAAAGAGUCCACUGAUAAGCCAGCAGAGACUACUGAUGAUAAGCCAAAAGAGUCCACUGAUAAACCAACAGAGACUAGUGAUAAACCAAAAGCGUCCAACGAUAAACCAAAAGAGUUCACUGGUAAACCAAAAGCGUCCAAUGACAUACCUAUUGAUGAUUUAAUUGAUGAGGACCUGAAACAACUGGGGGACAGGAAAAAGAGGCUGUUUGCAAGCGUCGAUUCCGGUUGCAAUGGUUGCAUCUUCAUUCAAAUGCACAAAAGAGGUGGAGACCCUGGUCCAGUUGAGAUUGUACAAAACAUGAUGUCUUCGGCUGCUUCAACUCGUAAACAUAUGUCCAGGUUUAUUCUGAGGGUGUUGCCUGCUGAGGUGGUAUGUUAUGCUUCAGAAGAGGAAAUAACAAGAGCCGUUACUCCACUUGUUGAAAAGUACUUCCCCAAAGAAUCUCCUUCGGGACAUAAGUUUGCUGUGUUAUAUGAAGCAAGGUCAAACACAGGAAUCGAUAGAAUGAAAAUUAUAAAUGCAGUAGCAAAAUCUAUACCUCAACCUCACAAAGUUGACCUCAGCAACCCCGACAAGACUGUUAUUGUCCAGAUUGCCAAGACUAUAUGCAUGAUUGGAGUGGUGGAGAGAUACAAAGAGCUUUCGAAGUUCAACCUAAGGCAGCUGACCUCGCCACCGGAGAAGUAG